UACGGUUGUUCUUGUUUUAGAAAUCCGAUAUAUAAUGAUAACAGGUUCACGUGUUCCUCGUCAAAAAAGUGUCUCAGUGAGUACAAUUUUCAGGUGUCUUUUGGUUUUGAUCAGACGAUCUAUUAAAUUCUCCUAAUCAACCUCUUCAAUUUCUUUUCUUCUUAAUUUUACUAAAGAAAACAGUGUGUUAAAGAGUACUUCUUCCUUUGAUAGGAUCUAGCUGGGGUUUCACUUAGUUUUCAUACUAAUAAUAAAUAAAUAAAAUCAAGAAUCAGAGAUGGUGAGAACACCAUGUUGCAAAGAAGAAGGAAUAAAGAAAGGAGCCUGGACUCCUGAAGAAGAUCAAAAGCUUAUUGCUUAUAUUCAACGACAUGGUGAAGGUGGAUGGCGUACUCUCCCGGAAAAAGCUGGAUUGAAGAGAUGUGGGAAGAGUUGUAGACUUAGAUGGGCUAAUUAUCUAAGACCCGAUAUCAAGAGAGGAGAGUUUACUACUGAAGAAGACGACACUAUUAUCAAACUUCAUGCUCUUAAGGGUAACAAGUGGGCCGCAAUAGCAACUUAUUUGGCUGGACGAACUGACAACGAGAUUAAAAAUUAUUGGAACACAAAUCUUAAAAAGCGUUUAAAGCAAAAAGGUAUCGAUCCAACCACUCACAAACCGAUCAAUUCAACCGAUCAAACCGGUAUCGGACCAAAAAACCUUAAGCGCAGUUCUUCCGGUUCAGCACGGGUUCUUAACCGCGUCGCAAGCAAAUACGCGGUCGACUUAAAUCGGGAUCUUGUAACCGGAAUCAUCAUAGGAAACUCCACAAUCAUCACACAAAACUCCGAGGUUGAGAACUCGACCACCAUACUGCUCAACAAAAUGUCGACAUCUUCGGGUUUCUCCGACAACUGUUCUUUCUCUGAUGGUUUCCCCGAGUUCUUUAGCAACCAAGAGAUCUCCGACAUGUCUAUGAGUGACGAUCAUGUUGGCCUUAUGGAAGAGUUAAAGGGUAUGUUAAGCUACGACAAUGCCGUCCCCGGAGAGAUUAAGGGUUCGCCGGAGGCUAAUAUAGCUGAUGAAAUGGAGUUUCUUGAUUCUUGGAACGUAGAAGACGAUCUGGACUUGGAGAAGUUUGUGAGUUCGUUGGAUUCCAGCAUUGGUGUCUUUGUUUGAUCCUGAGUCGAGAGGAAAAUCAAUUACACGUUGGUUUUCUCUUUGAUCGUGUGAACUAUGAUGGACUGGUGUAUCGCCAAGUGGCGGGAAUAAUGAGCUGUAGUAACAAGUUAAUAAUGAAAUAAAUAUUU